CACUUGCACAUUCACACUGCAGCUUAUAGUGUUCCAUGCCACAAGAAACUUUCUCGCUGGUCGAGAGGCACAUGACAUGGUGGAUCUUUGACUAACCCACCGAUCUUCGAUCAUAGACAGGCUCUCUUACCACAAACCAGCGCGCAGUUUCGCGAUCGCAUCGGCACACAAUGGCCUCCUUCGACGAUGACAAUGACCCGAACACUGGAUCGCAGGACGAGGAUGAGAAUGAAGACGAAGAGAUGGAAGACGUGAAUGAUGCCGACCAGGACCAGGAUCAAGAUAUGGACCAAGGCGGCGACGACGAUGAGGAUGACGGUGGGGACGACGACGAAGACAACGAUGACGAUAACGAUGGAGAGGACGACGAUGAGCAGAACGAGAAUGACUCGCCCUCAGGGACAAAAACAAAUGGUCAACGAUCUGCAGAUGGCGACUCGCAGCACAAUCCUGAAGUCGUGGUCAAAUCGCCUUCACCACGAGGCUCUGGGGGCAGAUCUCCGAAACCACACACAUCGAGCGCACAUGUGCCUUCAAUCCGCCCAGAGGCUCUGACUGCGCAAGCCUACGACAUUGUGCCAACCAUGGCUGCGCCGCACGGCACUUCUAUCAAUGCUGUCUGCGCGACACCAAACAUGAAAUAUGUCUUUACGGGUGGAACGGAUGGCUACAUACGAAAAUACGACUGGGUGGAUACCGCCAAUGGCAAAGUACCGCUCACGGUAGCUCAGAAACAUCCCUUCGUCGACAGCGUCAUGAAGGCAGGAUCAAUGGUGACGUACUGGGAGAACGAGGAGCGCUCCUUGCAAACACCACCUCGAAAUGGAAAUGCCGACGAGGGCAAAUGGACCAGUCCUGUCUACUCGCUAGCUGUGGAGAAGCAAGCUGUGUGGCUUCUGUCAGGUCUGGAAUCAGGCGGGAUCAAUCUACAGACCACGCGACAUUUGACAGGAAAUAUCAUUACGACGCUGAAGGAGCAUACCAGUGCCGUCUCUGUUUUGACAUUCAGCGAUAAUGAGAGCCGGGUGCUCUCAGGAAGUUGGGACAAGAAUAUCCACGAAUGGGAUUUGAACAGCGGCAAAGUCAUCAGGUCAUUCAAAGGAGCGAGCAGUCAGAUCAGCGCUAUUGAACUACGGCCUUUUAGUAGUCUGUCCGUACCAGAAGUCUCUGAAUCGCUGCCAGAUAUGGAGCUUGGUACUUUCUCUAGCAACAAUGCGGACCGGCCGACGCUCAAUGGAAUCUCAGGUGGACCGAGUCGACGGCCUUCCGGGCUAACUGGAGACGACGAUGCUGCUGGCUCUCCAGAUGGAAGUCUCUUCGGGGAUGGCGACCACGGCUCUCUGUUUGGCGAUGACACGGGAGGCGGAGGCGGAGGCGGUGCUAAUGCGUUUGGCGACGAUGAUGACGAUUUGACCAGAGCGCUUGAGAGUGAGAUGCAGACUGACCAGGAUGCGAAUGGGACAGGCGAUACUCAAAUGCAAGGCACCGAGAAUGGAGACCAAGCGCAGACGACAGACGCAGGAGGUCAAGCAGACCAAGCACCUGAAAGGAACAACGAGCCCGCCGACGGAGCAACGACUGCUCCGGCUGAUGGGACUUCGGCAGGAGAAUCACAGCAGACGGAAGGCGAACGACUGGGUGCUCUCGUCACGAAUGGCUUGCCGCACUCGGAUGAGCCACUGACUGCACCACCCACAAAUGAUGAGAGUGACAGCAAAUCGGACCUCCCGCCACAGUCCGAGAGCAUUUUCCUUGACGCAUCCUUCGACGGCACGCUUCGGAUCUGGGAUCGAAGGAUGGCCUCGCCAAUUGCUACGAUACCUACAGAUCCAGCUACACCUCCUUGGUGCACUGGAGCGUGCUGGUCGCCAGAUGGCAAUUUCUUCUACGCAGGUCGCAGAAAUUGUACAGUGGACGAGUACUCGAUACAUCACCUUGGUGCUAAGCGCAGCAAACCUAAUCGUACCUUCCGCUUCCAACAAGGCAGUGGUCCUGUCUACGCCGUCCGCGCAAUGCCAAACAAAAAGCACCUCGUCUGCGCAAGUCAAGACAUCUUGCGUAUUUACGAUCUGCAACAGCCGGAAUCUACGAAGCACUCCAGGGUGCCCUUCACCAUUGUUCCUGGACACAGGGGCGGAGUCAUCAGCGCCAUACAUAUCGAUCCCAGCUGUCGAUUCAUGCUUUCAGCAGCUGGGAACAGAGGUUGGGAGGGAAGCGGGACGGAGGUCUUGCUGGGAUAUGAGAUUGGUAUUCAAGACGAGAAUGGAACUUGGCAUGCGGUCAGGGCCCCUUCGGCGUGAUCAAAGGAACAGAUGUAUGUUGCACAAUGAGUCAAUCGACUUUUGACGAAUAUGGGAGGGGGCGCAGAUAUCGGCAUUGCUAUGAUACCCUGGAAUGCGAGCAAUGCUCAUGGGCUUUUAUUCUUUGGAGAGAGCAUUUGUGGCGGUCUACUUCCCAUCAAUUCGAAGUUCUUGCGUGGUUGCCUACCGCGCCG